AAACGAAGAUCCGUAACGUGUUCCAUUCAUAUAUCGUGUACGAUUUCUGCUGUAAACGAUUCUUCAUCAUGGGAGGAACAACUGUAGGUGCCGACUCGUCAGAUACACAAGACAGUGUAGGGUUCCUUCAAACCAUCAAUGAUUAUCUCAAUCUGCAAGGGAAGAUGGCAACCAUUCAACAAUGUAUUUCAGAUCACCCAAUCAUCACUCUGUUCCUGGUGGUUACCAUGGUGAUGUGCAGUGUGCCGUUGUUUUGCUUCUUAGUUUUUGUAUUUGCUGCUACCACGUUUGGUUUCACUGGAUUCGUUAUAUUUGAAGGAGUGGUCCUGAUGCUAUCCUCUCUCGUAUUGGUUGGAUCCCUUAUCCUGGUGGGUUUCCUCUCGGUCGGACUCUCCAGCUUCAUUGUUAUCGGAUACUACUCCAUUCGGUUUUCCUGGGACAUGGCUAAUCACGUCUCAACGAGAGUCCCUCUUCCGGAAUUCGUUUCAUCCAGACUACCAGACGGGACCAGAUCGGAUAAAGACAUGUGAAGGGCGUGUUCGGAAUAUUCCAACACAUAGUGCGGGUCGUCAUCACUUUCACAGGACACUAAAAUUGGUAACAGUAUUUCUAUCAAUGAUGUACAACAUAUGAAAUUAUGAGGGAUUUUAAUGACCCAUUUUAAAUACACUUACCACAAUUGUGGUUCAGAAUACAUAGUUAUUAUAUAAGUGUACCCAUAGGUUGUAUUGCUUAAGUCCCAAACCUGAUGGACUAUUCAUAAAUUGCGAAGUCCCAGUUCCAUGGGUCAUACAUAUGAUAUACAUAGAAUGCACAAGUUCUCAAACACACGAGUCGUUUUAUAUAUAAUAAAAAUACAUGUAUGUGCAUGUAUACAACCCUGUUUAUCAACAUUGUAUGAAGCGUGGCCUCAGUUGCUUAAAUGUUUAUCAUUUGUUGGUGAAAAAUUCAAAUUGCUGACUAUGAACAAUCUGCCAAAUGCGAAAUUAACACCCAAAAUAUAUUAAUCCGACCUGUCCCAACAAGCAUGCAGUUGUGAGAUGAAAAAAAUGUGUUUCCAAUUUUGUUUAAUUCAUUUUUGAAAAUUUUCACUGAUCACUAGUUAUCUUUAAACAGCCUUUAAACAACAGAGAAGACCAGAUAGUCACUUCCGAUUUGUAUUGGUCAAAUAUACAUAAAUAUUUUAUGUUCAAAUAAGUUGCUUUUGGCAACACCUGUGUAUACUUUGACAAGAUCACCUGGUAUGUUGUUUAUCUUGCUUAUGAAUCUCCCAUAUUUAUGCCAGACACAUUACUUACUAUAUAGAUGAUCUUGUGAAUUAGUUUUAACAAUAAUUCAAGGUACCACUUGUGCAUGUA